AAGUUCGAGUAUCUGUCUGAGAUUCAGUUAGUCAUCAGCUCGCAAACGAAGAUGCAGUACAAUCAACCACCGCCGGGAUCUACAGGUUAUCCGUAUCCGGCGCCACCGCCGAGUUACGAGCAGGUGGUGCACGUUCAGGCUCCAGUAAGAGUGGUACAUGCAUCUCAGCCGCCACCAGUGGUCAUCAUACAACAUCAAAAUGCACCGCCUGUGGGUCCUGACCCAUCUUUUAUCACCUGCCCCCACUGUCACGUCCAGAAGCUGACCCGGGUGGAGUAUGCUCCCAGUGUGAAAACCCAUUGCAUGGCCGCCCUCCUUUGCAUCGUUGGUCUGUGGUGCUUCGCCUGUCUACCCUACUGCGCCACCAGCUGCAUGAACGCCAACCACUUUUGCGGCAACUGCAACAAGUUCGUGGGCGUCUAUAGUAGUGAUUAAGCCCGGUACGAAAAUAAACAAACAAGAAACAGUCGGACCCCAAACAAAACGAAGCAAAUCGAACCGAUUGAAACACCCCCAUCGGAAAUCAUUGGAAAGCGAACAUUUUUGGCCAGGUGUGAACAGACGACGGCGACAACGGCUACGAGAACGAUAUUCCUCGGCGGGGUCGGAAAGCUUUGGGUUUUGGGUUGAUAACAAAGUCAGAUACUGGACACACAUUUUUUCCACCGCGUUCCCUUGAGUCAUUUACGAAAACACACCCAGAACCGCAAUAUGGAGCGUGUCUAUCCGGCUACACCUUUGGAAGCGCCCAAGGGAUCCGGAGAGGUGGAGUCACCUCCGGAACACCAGCAGCUCUUGACACCGCCCGCUCCACCGAGUUACGAUCAAGCAACAGGCACACCGGCAGAGACAACGGGGCCUGCUCCCACAACAACCACCACCCAUCACACAGUGGUGGUGGUGCCCAGUUCGCCUUACGGCCCGGAGCCCAUGGACGUUCAGUGCCCUCACUGCCACAACUACGCCCGGACCCGGAUCUCCUACAAGCCCAAUUCGCGCACCCAUCUGAUUGCCCUGAUU